AUCAAUACAUGCGGAGACGUGGAGAUCACAUGGUGGACUGGUGGAGACGAGAUCAACGGUGAUCAACGGUUGAUCGUUUUUAGAAUUGUGCAUGAAUAAGACAACGUGUUUGCCUGGUUUGCGGGGUUUGCCACGAUUUGGUCGGUCCUGUUGAACGUUAUUUUAUACAUCUCUGAAUUUCCUUCGAAAGCAGCACGAUGCACCACGAACUGGUCAACACGGUCGCUCCUAAAAUCAAGGACAGGAAACCUUUGCACACACUGCAGCCAGCAGCCACCGAUAAAGACACUUUGGUUGGUGCUGACAGGACUCUCAGAUCUUGCAAAUCGAAAGAGGCAAAAACGAAACAGGAUGUAACAAAUACAGGGGAAAAAGAUACUUCAAAAUGCACAAAAGUAACUAAGAAGAAUAAGGCUGUCCAGACUACACAAGAGAAGAUACAAAUUGAAGUAGAAGAUUUAACAUCAGACAAUCCUAGUGAGAACUAUUGGCAAAUAAUGGCUGAAAAAAGACAAACGGCACUUGUGGAUGCCUUAGAAGAAAAUAAAAAGCUCGUACAACAGAUUGAAAAGUUAGUAGAGGAAAAUCAUGUUUACAAGGAAAUGUUGGAUGAGAUGAGAGCACUUGUUGAAGUACUACAGGAGCAAAUUGAAGACGAUAGAAGCGAUAUUGAAGAUGAAGACGAUAGAAACGAUAUAAAUAAUUCGUUAGAUGACAGUGCUCUUUGAUCAAAGUGUUCAAAGUAUUUGAUUGCCAUUUGCACAUCUAGCCAUUCAACAUUUUAAAGUUUGACGUAAACAAAUAACAUUUCUUUUUCUCUUGUAAUAGAGUUAUUUAACACUUUAUAUUAAUAUCGCAAAUUGUUAACCGUUAAUGUUAGAGAUAUACAAGUAACAAAAAUUAAAAUUAAUCAGCUUUUUAACAUGUAUAAAACGAUAAGAGGACAGUUAGAAUACAAAAUUUUCCGUUUAAAAUAUCUUUAUGACAAAGAGCAGUUUUGCCUGUUCCAGUAAAUAUAUUUCAAGUGCCAAGUGAAGUUAUUAGAUAUAAACGUAUUAAUGUGUAUAGCCAUUAAGAAUUAAAAAGUUAUUUAAUCUAAAAUUAAGACAUUUUUGUA